AUGGCAUCGCCUGCCAUCCAUCCGAGCAAGUCUUCAGGCUUGGUGGAUCCCCGGCAGUCGGGAGACUAUCCCAUCAUUCUUGGCGACAGUCUCAAGACCGAUGCAAAAGCACAGGAUAUGUUUCUGAACAUUCGAUACAACUGGCAACCCAAAUCCGGCUUUGAGACUCGAGAAAGUCGCCUGAGAAAGACUGGUGAGCGAUACCACCUCGACGUAUCUAACAGUGGAUCCGCCGAGUACCAGUAUGUUGGCAGAUCGCUUGCGGAACAAUCAGGAGCGCCUGAAGAUCAGUCGAGGUCUCUGGCUCUCGUUUUCGACCAGGCAAAGUCUGCCUUCGUCCUGGAAGCCAUCUCGGCGUCCCUGGACAUGAACCUGAAGGCGGCGCCGGGCAUGUCGUCCACAGACGUUCGGGCACUCCCACAACUAUCCGGCCAGCCUCAGACGUCGACAAAACAGUCAGCAGCAAAAGCCCCUCCAGCGUCGCCUUCGGAUGACGAGACCCCAGAUCCUUCCAACCCUUACGACUUCCGAAAUUUCCUGGCCGAAGCACGCGAAACUUUCGAAAAGUCAUCAAACGUACCGGGCAACCGUACGCCUAUUCCAGGCAGCCGAACUCCACUGAGUGGGACAUCCACGCCUGCUCUUCCCGGAAACAGAUUCUUACCUACUACACCGCAGUCCCGACCAACCUCCGUGCCGGCUGCCGCCAAAGCAUCUCAACAGCGAAAGAAAAAGCCCGAAGACGUCUCCCGAGGGGCUGGUCGUGCCCCAGCUGCCAAGGCGUCCACUAAGCGAGACGUUCCUAAGUCUACCCAACCACUCAGCAAAGCCCGCAUUUCCGACUCUGACGAAGACAAUGAAGCUGCUUCUAAGCCAGCGAAUGCAGCCGCGACCAGACCAAAUCAGCCAAAGACUGGAAAAGGCCACGCUCGGAAUGUCUCAGGCAAUAUCGGCAGCUCACCCCAUAUCAUCAUCAACGACGACGAUGGCGACUUGGAAAUCGACAUGGGUAGCCCCCCUCCGGACAACGGCCGCUUCCGACGCGGGAGAGUGGACCCAGAGAUGUUUCGCAGUCAUACCGCAACACCAAUUGGUGGCCUCAGUUCGAAUGUUGGCCGGUCCUCUUCAAGGCCGGAUCCCAAACGGCCUGUGGAGGAGCCUGCUAGGGGUCGCCCUGGCAGAGAUAGAGAUAGAGAUAGGGACAUGACAAUGAAAGAUGUCGAAGCUGCCUCUUCUGCGGACGAAGAUGAAGAUGUCGAAGAAUUCGAGCUAGGCAGCCCAAGGGAGAAAAGUGUUGCCGUGCCAAAUAGAGGUGACGUUUCGAUGGCACAAGAUGGUGAUUCGGAUGACUCGGAUGAGGACGAUGGCGGUCGAAGUCGAGGUCAUCGACCACACCAACAGCAACCGCAGAUUGACCAAGCCCCGCCAACACCCCCUGAACCAAUCGUUUCCCACGAUGACGACGAUGAAGAUCUCCUCGAGGCUGCACUGGAGGCUGCUUUGGAAGAAGAGGACGAGAACGAAGAUAGGGGUAUUGGCUUGGGCAUCGGGAUGGCGAAUGGAACCAUACAAGAUGAUGAGAGUGAGGUCAGUGAAGAAGAAUGA